AUGAGGUCUUCUACAAUUCAUUAUUUUUUUGCCUUUGUCAUUUUAACAUACCCAAUUGCUUCAAUAGCAUUUUCAUGUCCGUUUACUACAAAAUGGAAUGUUAGCGUUAUUAGUGCUCUCCGUGAAGAUCUUGUUGUUCACAUAAAAUCAGGAGAUGAUGAUCUUGGGAACCAUACGAUUCCAUAUGUAGGAAAUUACUCCUGGUCUUUUUGUGAAAAGGUUGGUGGUCACACUCUUUUUUACGGUUACUUCUGGUGGGGUUCAAAAUUUCAGAGCUUAGAUUUAUUUAACAAUGCCAUUUCUGACAAAUUAAUUUUAAAUGUGGAUCCUGAACAUUGUUACUGAUGCAAAUCCGUUGAACUCCAACAGAGAAUGGAGUUUGAUCAAGAUAAUGUCAGACCAGUGGUAGAAGAAGAAGUAGAAGAUAGAUUGAGCAGGUUGCCAGAUGAGGUAUUUGACAUAGUAGCCCCUCGACUUUCUAAUCUAAUUCUUAUCGAGGGAAGAAAUGUAAAAGUCGUCAAUGUGAUUGCACCACAACUUGAGAAUCUCACAAUAAUUGACACCUCAUUGGAGUACUUGAAUGCUCCGGCAGGAGUUUCAUCUUUGUGCUACAAGUGUUAUUCUGGUCCUCCCCUGCAAUUGUCUAAAGAUGGAUUUCACUCCCUAAACCAAGUCAAUAUCUGCUGUUUGGGUUGCUAUCCAGUAUUUGAAGAUGCUCGCAAAAUUAUUAACAUUCUUCAAGAGCUCCAUAGUGUCAAAUAUCUAACACUUAAUGUGCAAAUUAUUGAGUGUAUUUCCUCAUUUCCGGAUUAUUUAUCGCACCUUCCAUCACCUUUUGGCAACUUAAUUUGCUUGAGUAUGGACUCUCACAUGAAUGAGGAUGCAUACAAAGUAAGAAUGUGUAGUGCAGCUAGAAACUUCUUGUUUGACAACUCCCCAAACGCGACGUUCACCAUGGACUUACCCGAGGAAACGCCUGGGCUCGCUGUUACGCCGAUUGACUGGUGGAGGUAUGUACGUAAGUACACCUUCACGGUGUCAACAGCUGCCAUUGUAGACAAUAGUCAUGUAUUUAAGAAGACCAAGAAGGAUAAGAAGAAAAAGGAGGAGGAGAAGAAGUUGUCACGUCUGGAUGCCGUCAUGGUGAUUCAGAGGGCUUUCCGAGCAUAUGUGAUCAGGAGGUCCCAGGCUCUUUGCCUGCUACGUGAGCAGGCUGUUGCAAAGGGAGAAGUGCUUAAGGUCCUCUGGGCGUGUUGAUCUAAAAGGAAAAAGCAUGUAUAGCUUCUUGGUGUCAUGAUUAUGCUG